AUGGCUGUAGGAAUGAAGCAACCAGUAACGGUUUGUUUACAAGUCAGUGAUGAGCAACAAGUGAAUCCGUUUAAUACACUUCAUUUUUUUAAUUAACGUUCUAGCUCAAGCCAUGACUCGUAGUCUUCAUUGCGAGAGCUCUGAUCUGGCCGAGUAUAAACGACAAUUAAAAAGAAUACUCACCAAUACUAGAAAUAAUCUCCAAGAGAUUGGCAGAAGUGGAUAUUUCUCAAAAGAACAAUUGACAGAUAUUCAGCUGAAUGAUCAGAUUGACCAAAGAAUCAGUGCGAGCACUGAAAUCAAUCACAUUGUUGAAGCUGCUAAUUUACUCAAUGAGGCUCACAACCGAUGUUUACGAAUGUUUAUUUUGACUGCUUUUGACAUGACACGGGACAUGAUGAUUACCCCUAAAAGGAUUGCUUACGCCAAACAAAAGGAGCAACAAUUAUUUGAUUCUUUAAUGUCUAUCGCCAAUAAAAAGCAAGAGGAGAUAAAAAAUCUCAUCUCAUUAACCAUCCAUUCAAUGAGAGACGAAUUAAUUGCUGAAGCUGCCAAGUAUCGAUGUAAAUUUAACGGUUUUAGUGAAAUGGAUCGUGUGGUUGUUUCAUCAGGAGUCAAAUCAAAUAAAUUGUCAUCAUCUCCCUUAUCUUCUUCAUCAUCUCUAGUAUCACCUUCAACCUCGCCAUCAAAUUCACAGCGACAUUUCCAAAACUCAGUGUCAACACCUCAAAUGCAAGAUCAACUUCUCAAUUCAUCCGGGGAAGAGAUUGAUAAAUACUCAUCAACUGGUCCAUGUUCACAUAACCAAUCACUUAACUCUCCAUACAUGUCAAGCCAGGAGCCAGGUGAUAAUGAAGCAGUAUUGGUAGGAUCAUUGGAGGAAAUAAGUUCUACUCUCAUACUUUCCACCUCAUCAAGUGAUCUUAAUAUCCGUUUAUCUCCCCGAGAAGUUCAACUGGCCAUGGUUCAAGUACAAGAUUUUGUUUUAAGCAAAUUGAAUGCUGCUAUUGCAGAUAACUUAAUUGGAUCAGUUGAUUACCUUCGAAAUAGUUAUAUUGGGACACUCGAAAGAUGUCUGGAAAGCUUGGAAAAUUGGCCAGCUCACUGUAAUUUGCUCAACAUUCCUCAUCUUCCUUCUACUUCUCAACUACCAUUGACAUCAUCAUCAUCUCAAGUACAGGGCUAUUCACAAUCCUCAACAUCACUUUUUCCCUCGUCUAUUGCAAAAAAUGAAUGCAUCCAAGCUUCCAAUGCAUUGAAACAAAUAUUGAAUGCUGCUUAUCAAGUAGAGAUAAACAUGCGAACAACAUCUAGUCUAUUACGUGCUUUCUGGGAAAAAAUGAAACAAUUAGUAUCUGUAUCACUUUCUUGGAGAAAUUUGGCGGAAAUUAAUGAAGAAUGGAAGCGUAAAGUUGCCGCAGAUGUUUUAGACUCGCUGUCGGAAUCUCGACUGGCUAAAUCAAUUUGUGCCCAAUUCAAGGAAAGAUUGAGAAUGUCUCAUACGCAGUUUGCCACGGCAAUGAAGCAACUCGAAAACCUUCACUAUGGUCGCUUAGAAAGAACAGAAGAGCAACGUGUUCGUGUUCGUAAAUACUACGCUCCAAGGAUUGCCCGAUGUGCUUUAGAAUCAACCAGUUUAAGAGAUGUCAUUUUACAUGGCAUGCCUGAAUUGGGUCGUGAAAUUGGUAGAGGUCAGUACGGUGUUGUCUAUUCAUGUGACUCUUGGGCUGGUCAUUCGCCUGUUGCUGUUAAAUCAGUUGUACCUCCAGAUGAGAAACAUUGGAAUGACCUAGCCAUGGAAUUUUAUUAUACACGAUCAAUUCCCGAACAUAAUCGCAUUGUUCAAAUCCGUGGCUCUGCCAUUGACCAUUCCUACGGAGGUGGAUCCAGUCCAGCUGUGCUUCUCAUCAUGGAUAGACUCUCAAGAGAUUUAUACUCUGCCAUAAAAAACGGUUUAGACUGGUUAAGUAGACUUCAGGUUGCCAUUGACGUUGUCCAAGGGAUUCGUUUUCUUCACAGCCAAGGUUUAGUCCAUCGUGACAUUAAAUUGAAAAAUGUUCUCCUCGAUAAACGUAAUAGAGCCAAAAUCACUGACCUUGGAUUUUGCAAGCCAGAGGCAAUGAUGUCUGGUUCAAUUGUAGGAACACCUAUUCACAUGGCACCUGAAUUAUUUACUGGUAAAUACGACAAUUCGGUUGAUGUUUAUGCUUUUGGUAUUUUAUUUUGGUACAUUUGUGCUGGACACGUACGGCUACCAUACAUUUUUGAGCAGUGUCAAAAUAAAGAUCAACUGUGGAGCUGUGUAAGAAAAGGUGUACGACCUGAGCGUUUGCCAGAAUUUGACUCGGAAUGCUGGGCAAUCAUGGAAGCUUGUUGGGCUAAAGAGCCAAGCGUUAGACCUCAUUUAGGUGAUAUUGAGCCAAAACUUGUUUCUAUUUUGAGUAAUUAUAAAGAAAGCAAACCACCGGCUGGAUAUACCAAAAAUUUUAUGAGAUCGCGUCAAACCUGAAGCUGGUCAAUGAGUUGGCUCAUCAGUCAAAAGUGGUCAGUCAACUUUUUUUUAGAGGCAAUACUUUAUCGACUCAAUAGUGAUCAGACCAUUUUGUAAAAUAUAUAUUUUUCCCCCCUUUCAACUGUAAAGAGAUUAUUCUGUUAAACAAAGUUAUAUUUUUUUAAAGGCAAAUUGUAUUGUAAAUUUUCUGAAUAUUUCGCGUUUAUUGAAAAUUGCAAAAAUAUCUGGCCUGGUUAUUCCAAUCAGUAAUUAGUAGUUUCUUUAAAUCAACCAAAGACUAAUAUUAAUUCCUCUUUUGAGAGCAUUACUUGAAAAAUUAUUGUCCAAUAACAAUUUUUAUAUGAAAAAAGCUUUAAACCAUUAAGCUAUGAGAAAUUGAAAUAAAUAGAUUUUUGCCCAUUUUAA